AUGCAGUCAAAACACGUUCCCGCAUCAGAGCUGCAGCUCUCAAGUGGCGCAAAAAUGCUUACGAUUCAGCAGGUAGAUUUUGAGGGAAAUGAUUACGUGGGAUUGAAUUUCACAAACGCAGCUGCAUGCAAGCGGGCAUGCCUUGAAGACUGCCUUUGCACAGUGGCCGUCUACGCCAAUCAUAGCCAUGGAGAACAUUGUUGGAUGAAGUCACUCCCUAUGAAGAACGGCGCUGAAAACAACAUGACAACAGCUUUUGUGAAACUCUACAGCGGAGUCUACGAUGCUGUUCCCCCCACGCCGUCAAAGCCAAGAAAGCAGGAGCAGGGGAAGGGGGAGGGGCUUGCAGUUCUUGGAAUAAUCCUUGUCGGUUGCUCCUUUGUCUUUGGAGCAAUUUUCUUAUUAAUUUGGUUGUAUUCAUGCAAACCCAAGCUAAAAGCCUUACAAGAACAUAAUAAGGCUAAUCCAGUGGGGUUGAAGGUAUUUAGUUUUCAGGAGAUCGAUGCUGCGACCAGAGGCUUCAAGCAGGAAAUAGGAGGAGGGGCCUUUGGGAAGGUCUACAAAGGCGUCUUGUCUGACGGAAGAGUAAUUGCUGUGAAGAAACUUGACGAUCUGCUCGAGCAAGGAGGACAGCAUGAUGGAGAAAAAGAGUUCAGAACAGAGAUGGGUAUCGUUGGGGCAUGCCAUCAUAAAAAUCUUGUUCAACUCUAUGGUUUCUGCACCGAGGACUCCCACAGGCUUCUUAUAUACCAGUACAUGUGCAAUGGAUCUCUGAGCAACCUAUUAUUUAAAGGUACAAGAGAUCUUGAUUGGGAGCUGCGUGUUCAGAUUUCUUUUGGAAUUGCAAGAGGAAUCCUCUACUUAGAUGAAGAGUGUGCAGCCCCAAUUCUUCAUUGUGAUAUAAAACCUCAAAACAUUCUCCUGGAUGAGAAUUACAAUGCCAAGAUAGCCGACUUUGGAAUGUCCAAAUUGAUUGGUGCAGAACAAACGAGAACGUUUACUAUGGCCCGCGGAACCAUCGGCUACAUAGCUCCUGAGUGGCAGAAGAAUAAGGCUGUUACAGUGAAAGUGGACAUGUAUAGCUUCGGAGUGGUGCUCUUGGAGAUUAUCUGUUGCAGGAAAAUGUUCGACUUGCAUGUGCCAGAAAAUGAAAUAGUUUUGUGCGAUUGGGUGUACGACUGUUUCAAAUAUGGUCAGCUUUUAAAGUUGGUGGAGCAGCAGGAUUGCAGAGGUAUUGAGGCAACACAGUUGGAAAGAAUGGUGUUGGUGGGACUUUGGUGCAUUCAAGAAGAUUCCUAUCUGAGACCAACGAUGAAAAAUGUAGUUCAAAUGCUUGAAGGCACAAUUGAGAUUUCAGUGCCCCCUCAUCCAGAAGUUUCUUCUUCGUAA